UUGGCCAUUUUCGCCCAAAUAUUGCCACCCUGCUUACUCUGAUCUGAGUGAAAUAAGGAAGUUUUAUGGCAUUGCCAAAUCCCAAAACCAAAACAAGAGUUUGAGCGACAUAAACAAGAGAGCAUCGUCAAGCCAUCAAAUAUCUAACUGUUCACUCUUCGUCUUCUAACUUCUAACACUAACACGCUUUUAACAUGGGCAUAUUGCUUUCCCUCCUCUUCUUCAUUUCUCUCUUUCUCUUUCUCUUCCUUCUAUUCAAAUUCGUCACUGCUGAUGGGGAUUUCACUUUGGUAUCUAAAAAACAUGUAAAGCGUGAAGAGAUUGAAGAUAAGGUUGUUUGGAUUACUGGAGCUAGCCGUGGAAUUGGAGAGAUUCUUGCUAAGCAGCUUGCUAGAUUAGGCGCCAAGCUCAUUCUUUCGGCACGAAAUGAAGCUGAAUUGGAGCGAGUCAAGAGGCAGCUCACUGGUAAACAUGCACCUGAUGAAGUGAAGAUUUUACCAUUGGACCUGACGUCUGCGGAAGAUUCCCUCAAAGCAGUUGUGGAGAAAGCAGAAUCCAUUUUUCCUGGUUCUGGUGUUGAUUAUAUGAUCCAUAAUGCAGCUUUUGAGCGUCCUAAAACGUCAGCUUUGGAUGUCACUGAGGAUAGUGUUAAGGCAACAUUCACUGUAAAUGUUCUGGGGACAAUCUCUCUCACGCGGUUCCUGGUGCCUUUCAUGCUGAAGCGGGGGAAGGGUCAUUUUGUUGUGAUGAGCAGUGCUGCAGGAAAGACACCUGCACCAGGUCAGGCCGUAUACUCCGCUUCUAAAUAUGCUCUAAAUGGAUACUUUCACACCUUGCGCUCUGAGCUCUUCCAGAAAGGAAUUAAGGUGACUGUUGUCUGUCCUGGGCCGAUAGAAACGUCAAAUAAUUCUGGAGUAAAAACUUCAGAAAACAAGGGUUCUCCUGAGAAGCGUGUGUCGUCAGAACGUUGCGCUGAGCUGACUAUUGUUGCUGCCUCCCAUGGUCUAAAGGAAGUUUGGAUAUCAAAUCAGCCUGUGCUUGCUGUUAUGUAUUUGGUGCAGUAUAUGCCUACCAUUGGCUAUUGGCUCAUGGACAAGAUCGGUGGAAAUCGAGUAGAAGCUGCUGCACAGAAGGGGAACACAUAUUCAUUGAGCUUACUGUUUGGGAAAAAGAAGGCAGCAUAGAAAGCUUGUCUACCAUCUAUUAGAUAGUCAACUAACGCAAGCGCUACCGUAAUUUGUGUAAUUCAUGUAUAAACACAAACUAUAUAUGGCCAGGUACUUUUAUGUAAGAACACAGAAAAAAUUCCAAAAGAGACAGAUGGUUUUGAAGGUGGUA